CGCGGCCCCGCGGCGGCUCCCGGGGUGUCGGUUCCGGGACGGCGAGUGACCCCGGCGGAUCGGCGCGCGCGGAGGUCCCGGAGGAAGACUGGAGAUGUCCGGGCCGGGUCGCCUCCUGCUCACGUACCUGUUCCCGGCCCUGCUGCUCCACGGGCUGGGAGAGGGGUCUGCCCUCCUUCAUCCAGAUAGCAGAUCCCACCCAAGGUCCUUAGAGAAAAGUGCCUGGAGGGCUUUCAAGGAAUCACAGUGCCAUCAUAUGCUGAAACAUCUCCACAAUGGUGCAAGGAUCACCGUGCAGAUGCCACCCGCGAUUGAAGGCCACUGGGUGUCCACUGGCUGUGAAGUGAGGUCAGGUCCAGAGUUUAUCACAAGGUCUUACAGAUUCUACCAUAACAACACCUUCAAGGCCUACCAGUUCUAUUAUGGUGGCAACCGCUGCACAAGCCCCACCUACACCCUCAUCAUCCGGGGCAAGAUCCGCCUGCGCCAGGCCUCCUGGAUCAUCCGUGGUGGCACCGAAGCCGACUACCAGCUGCACAAUGUCCAGGUCAUCUGCCACACGGAGGCUGUGGCCGAGAGACUCAGCCAGCUGGUGAACCGCACGUGCCCGGGCUUCAUCCCUGCGGAGGGCGCCUGGGUGCAGGAUGUGCCCUAUGACCUGUGGCGGGAGGAGAAUGGCUGCGAGUGCACCAAGGCCAUGAACUUCGCCAUGCACGAGCUGCAGCUCAUCCGCGUGGAGAAGCAGUACCUCCAGCACAACCUGGACCGCCUGGUGGAGGAGCUCUUCCUCGGCGACAUCCACACUGACGCUGCCCAGAGGAUGUUCUACAGGCCGUCCAGCUACCAGCCACCCCUGCAGAACGCCCAGAACCAUGACCACGCCUGUAUAGCCUGCCGCAUCAUCCACCGGUCAGACGAGCACCGCCCACCCCUGCUGCCCCCCAAGGCUGACCUGACCGUUGGACUGCACGGCGAGUGGGUGAGCCAGCGCUGCGAGGUGCGGCCCGAGGUUCUCUUCCUCACACGCCACUUCAUCUUCCACGACAACAACAACACCUGGGAGGGGCACUACUACCACUAUUCUGAUCCCAUCUGCAAGCACCCCACCUUCACCAUCUACGCUAAAGGCCGCUAUAGCCGGGGUGUGCACUCAUCCAGAGUCAUGGGAGGAACGGAGUUUGUGUUCAAAGUGAACCACAUGAAGGUGACCCCCAUGGAUGCUGCCACAGCCUCAUUGCUCAACGUCUUCAAUGGGAAUGAGUGUGGGGCCGAGGGCUCCUGGCAGGUGGGUGUCCAGCAGGACGUGACACACACCAAUGGCUGUGUGGCGCUGGGAAUCAAACUACCUCACACAGAGUAUGAGAUCUUCAAAAUGGAGCAGGAUGCCCGCGGCCGCUACCUGCUCUUCAAUGGCCAAAGGCCCAGUGACGGGUCCAGUCCGGACAGGCCCGAGAAGAGAGCUACAUCCUACCAGAUGCCCUUGGUCCAGUGUGCAUCCUCUGUGCCCAGAGCCGAGGACUUCGCCGAAGACCACAGGGGCUCCCAGUAUGGGAGCGGGGCCUCGGCGGGGUGUGUUCCCCCUCUGCAACUUGCCGCGCUUGCCGGCCUUUUGACUCUGCUGCACUGGAACAUCUUCAGAUAGAAGUUUUUUAAAAAUUUUAUUUUUCCAAGUCAGGAGUCCUACAGUUUGACAGUUUUGUGCUUUUAACAAAAGAAAAGAUACUUAUUCUUAGGAUGCACUUGAAUGUCCAGAAAGGUCCUGUUUGUCCUGCCUCCCCCCUCUCUCCUGGCCUGAGUUGUGGGAGCAUUCAUGAAGUGCUCUCUGCUCUGAGCUCCACCAGUGGGAGCCCUGGCCUGGGGCCUUACAGGAGUCCGUGCACUUUAAGACCAGAGGGUUUGAGGCUAGUGUGGAGGGAGCAGGGGUGAAAACUAGGUCCUUUUCUUCACUUCCUCUGAGUUACUGUCUUUCUGAGUUGAACUUAGAAGAAACAGUUAUCAAGCUGCAGCUCUUCCUGCCACUAUACUGCGGUUGCUUCCUACCCUCCUCUGAAGCUGGUUGACUCUGAGAUUUGCCACCUGGAACCUAGUACAGAAUUGGUUUGGGAUCACAAUCAAGACACCUUUUGUUAAUAAAGAAGAGACAUGCAUGUAGAUAUGUAUAUAGGAGAAGAUACGAAGCUUAGAGUAGCCACCGUGACCGCCUUCAUGCAGAAAAAAGGAGAGACUCCAAACUUUCUAAUGUUGAGUAGAAAUGUAUCUAUAAUUAAAAUUUCAAAGUAAUUUAAACUAUUGUUGUUCUAACUUGUUGGGAGAAAAGACAUUGGUUAGUGCUGGUUCUGGGAGAUGGUAGACAAGAGCGUUCGAGCAGAUGCCAGAAGCAGCCAGGCUCCCACGCAGCAGUGCCCAGGCUGUGGACAGUGAGUUAAGUGCUGGCAAGUGGUCAGUGCCCCUUCACUUUAAAGUGUCCUCUGUAUGCCACCCUCGUUGUGGCCCAGGUGCCUCUGACUAGGCCUGGGCAGAGAGAGCUUCAUUCUGGCAUCUCUACCACGCCUACCUGGGUGCUUGACGACUUGGCUGUGCAGACAGUGCAGUCAGGGAAGCCAGCCAAGCUGGGUGCUGUGUAGACCCUGGACUAGGGGGACACUCAGGCUUUACGUGGAAGCCUCUGGUCGGUGGACAUGCCAGUUUGACUUGGUAUCUGUCCUGCUGUUGCCUUGACUCUGUCACGCAGUGCGUCUCAGGGUCCCCUGUACAGAGCGCCUCCGUCACAGGCAGUGGGGUGCUUACACCCUUGCUUUACAUUACCACAGGUUGUGCUGUCUGAGCGCUAAGUGCUGUUGCCUGAGGAGACCGCUGGGGGAAGGAGUGGUGACCGAGAGCCUGGGUGUGCUGAAAGGCAAACAUGGAAACUAGGAUCAAGGUCACGAGUUAUACUUGUAUUUAAGAAUUAACUUUAUAAAAUGCUGUAGCAUUCAGUGUGGUGUUAAGUUAUAAUAAGGAUGGCAUGGAGUACCAAAGUGCUUUAUCUUUAGAUUAUAUUUUAAGUUGUGGUGCAUAUUGAGGGGGUUUAUUCAAAUGAAAAUACUAACUUAAUGUCUCUGAGUUAAAUAAACAAAAGAUGUCAAAAAUACUCCCACAAAAUACAUUUUACCUGUGGACCUAUUUAAUUAAUACUAACUUGUCUUUAAAGGAUCUAAUAAAAUUAUGUGAAAGCUAUGUUCACUGCUAAGGGAUACCUCAGUGAUUUACUGUAAAAAUGAUAAAUUUAUAGCCACUUGAUUCAAAACCUUCACUUAGACUUAGCAGAUGAUACUUAAUAAAUGACAUACACAUAUAUAGUCAAAUAUGUAGUUGUUGACUUGUACACAAUGUUUUGUUAAAUGUAUAUGUAUUUAAGGAAGAUAAGAAAUUCAUGUCAUUUUUGGACACACUGUAAUAGCGAGAUUGACCAAUAUAAUCAGUUCACAAAUUUCUACAUGUUAGAUUUAUGACACUUGCUUAUUACUUUUUCCCUCUCAUAUUUCAUAUCUUAUCUUGGUAUGGUCAUGUUAACAUGAGUAAGUAUUUCUAAAAGUAAACUGCCUGAAACAUCCCUGAAAGUCCUCGUUUUGCAUAAGUCAACCAUUAUCCUGAAGAAACCUGUGGAUCUGUUGAUCUAUUUUUAAUAUUUAUUCAGGUAUGAGAAUCAGAAAUUUAACUUAAGACCAUGACACUGUCUGAGGAAGGUAUGACUGAUUAGCAUAUUUUACAAUUAGAUUAGCCCGUAAUAGGCUCCCAGGUACUUGUAAGUGAACCAUAAGUUCUGGUAAGUACUAGAUGAAAAUAGUGAGCACCAAGUUGGUGGCUCCUAGAAUCCUCAGUUGCCUGCAGGCUCCCCUAAACCCACUAAUCCCUGGACUCUCGAAGGAGCUCCUUGGGAUGACGGUCUACCCAGUACAGAUAAAAGUAAUUUUGCCAGAGGCUACAGAGGGGCACCCCUCCCCUCAGGACUCCCAGUGAUGUCCAUCCUCUAGUCCACUGCAGUAGGGGCUGUGGCCCCAAAAGGUGGCUCAACCAUACUCCACAGUUUAUGAUAUGACUUGAAUGUAAGACUCACCGUUUCUGGUUAAAGGGAAAGCUUAAAUGAUAAUAAAAUAGUCUUUAUUCUGCCAACUCUUUGAACUUAUUCUUGAAAACAAUAGUAAUUUUCAAGGACGUAAUCCUCACAGAUACUGUGGUGUUUUAUUUUAAAUGGUACAUCUGAGCCUUACAAGACCUAGGCAGUGGAAGGUAAGGCUGGUAGGUAGCAUGUAAUCAGGCAUCUCAAGACACAGUCUUCAAGGGAACUGCUGGACAGCCAAAAAUGGGUUAUUGAGAAAAGAGUUGGAUGGGCUAGAGAAAGAGGGCUUCCGCUCCAAUGAGGAGUCCUCCGCCCUACACAGACUCUUCUGGCCCUUUUUGAGAAAUCUUCCUAAGUAUACAUUUGCAUCAAAAAUAAAGGUAGCUGAGAUAGAUGUCUUCCACAGAUUUCUAGAUCUGGGGGAAAAACAUAUGCAUACUUUUCUCACCAGUAGGAGAUUUAUAUGCCUAAAACACUGAUUCUUCAAAUCCCUGUAAGUGUUUCUAGUACAAAGUAAACAAUCUCAAGAUUGAUGCUCCCUCAUAGCUUGUAAGUCAGUACAGCAUUAAAAUUGUGUAUUAUAUUAGAAGCAAACAGCUUGGCAGGGUUAACUAAGGUAGACCAGAGUUCUAUGGAAUGAAUGAAUGAAUCCUGUGAAUUGUAAUGAGAACAUAGUGUUUGUUCCUCCACUACAGCUGCCUUAAUACAACUGGAAAUAAAGGAACCUCGUCAAAUAGGGCUGGUUUGCCUUAAAAGUCCUUUGCACAUGUUAAAACUUUUCAGAUGAUUUUUUUUUUCCUAAUGGAGAGCAGUAUACCAGAACUUACAGUCUAUUAAAAAGCAAAACUAUUUUUAAAAGUGCAUU